GGCGCAGAUCCUCCGAGUGCCGGGUCCUCAGAGCCCGUCUGUCGCCAUGGAGGCCAGAGCCCUCUGCCUGCUGGUGCUGGUGCUGGCCUCGGUGCCCUCAGGCCGGGCCGAGGAGUACUUGGGACUGUCGGCAAACCAGUGUGCCGUGCCGGCCAAGGACAGGGUGGACUGCGGCUACCCCGAGGUCACCCCCGAGCAGUGCAACAGCAGGGGCUGCUGCUUCGACUCCAGCAUCCCGCAGGUGCCCUGGUGCUUCAAGCCUCUGCAGGAAACAGAAUGCACGUUCUGAGUGCCACCCGCUGGCCCCAGCGCCCUGGGACUCGAGGCUCCGUGCCCUGGGCUCCCUGACCCCACCCGGCCUGCCGCCCUGUCCCUCUGCUCCCGGCCGGGCUUCUGCUGCGAGUUAGUGUCUGGGGCUGACGCUUAGAGAAUAAAGACCCCAUGCUCAGCACCAGGACGGCUCCCGUUCCUGAGACUCUC